GCGUUUUAUCCCGCUGCUGUCCUCUGCAAUAUUUCUGCUAGCUAAAGUUCUCUCUGCUGCAGGAUCUUUUGGGUCAGUUGAAGGGCUCCGGAGCAAGGAAAGAGAAACCCAACUCUCCACUAUGGCAGCAAUUCUCCUCCGGUCCCUUUUGAACAAAAAGGUCCCCCUCCAGCUGGGUCGUCUAUGUUACUCCUCCUCAGCGCCCACCACCAAGCUGUUCAUUGAUGGCAAGUUUGUUGAGUCCAACACCUCUGAAUGGCUUGACAUUCAUAACCCUGCCACUAAUGAAGUGGUGGGGCGUGUUCCCAAAGCGACCCAGGAAGAGAUGCUGGCAGCCGUGGACUCCUGCUCCAGAGCCUUCCACUCCUGGUCCGAGACCUCCAUCCUCAGCCGACAGCAGAUCUUCCUGCGCUACCAGCAGCUCAUCAAGGAUAACAUUAAAGAACUGGCUAAAAUAAUCACCUUGGAGCAGGGCAAGACUCUUGCUGACGCAGAGGGAGAUGUUUUUAGAGGGCUCCAGGUGGUUGAGCAUGCCUGCAGCAUUACGUCUCUCAUGCUGGGGGAGACUUUACCUUCCAUCACCAAGGACAUGGACACUUACACCUACCGCCUGCCCAUCGGAGUGUGUGCUGGUAUUGCCCCUUUUAACUUCCCUGCCAUGAUUCCUCUGUGGAUGUUCCCCAUCGGGAUGGUAUGUGGCAACACCUACCUGAUGAAGCCCUCUGAACGGGUCCCAGGAUGCACCAUGCUCCUGGCCAAAAUGCUCCAGGAUGCUGGGGCACCAGAUGGUACACUCAACAUCAUCCACGGCCAGCAUGCAGCGGUGAACUUCAUCUGUGACCAUCCGGCGAUCAAAGCCAUCAGCUUUGUGGGCUCCAACCCAGCUGGAGAGCACAUCUAUGAGCGGGGCUCCAAGAACGGCAAGAGAGUGCAGUCCAACAUGGGUGCCAAGAACCAUGGUGUGGUGAUGCCUGAUGCCAACAAAGAGAACACACUCAACCAGCUGGUAGGUGCUGCCUUCGGAGCAGCUGGCCAGCGCUGUAUGGCUCUAUCCACGGCUAUUUUUGUAGGGGAAUCUCGUGAAUGGCUCCCAGAGCUGGUGGAGCGCUCAAAGUCUCUGCGAGUAAACGCAGGUGAUCAGCCUGGGGCUGAUGUGGGUCCCCUGAUCUCUCCUGAAGCCAAGGCCAGGGUGGAGUCUUUGAUCCAGAGUGGGGUGGAUGAAGGUGCCAAGCUGCUGCUGGAUGGGAGAAAUGUCACCGUCAAAGGAUAUGAAAAUGGAAACUUUGUAGGACCCACCAUCCUGGGCAAUGUUAUGCCGGACAUGAAGUGUUACAGAGAGGAGAUCUUUGGGCCGGUGCUUGUCAUCCUGGAGGCAGACAGUCUUGACGAAGCGAUUUCUUUAAUCAACCACAACCCAUACGGCAACGGCACUGCCAUCUUCACCACCAAUGGAGCCACAGCGCGCAAAUACACACACGAGGUGGACGUUGGUCAGAUUGGCGUGAACGUGCCCAUCCCCGUCCCCCUCCCCAUGUUCUCCUUCACUGGCUCCCGGGGCUCAUUCAGAGGAGACACCAACUUCUACGGCAAGCAGGGCAUCCAGUUCUACACUCAGAUCAAGACUGUGACAUCGCAGUGGAAGGCUGAGGACGCCACUGUGACGAGCCCGGCUGUUACUAUGCCAACCAUGGGACGCUAAGUGAAAUUGACAGCACAUCCAGCAUAAUGUUCUGUGACUUCUCGUAUGCCUUAAGAAGAUGCCCGAUUGGAGAAGAGGUUACAUGUCCUUUUUGGUGUAUAGAAAUAUUCACAUUGAGAAUUGUUAGUGUGUGAUUGUUUGGACUGAACAUCCUACACAAUGUUGUUGUAUAAAAACAUACAAACGCAAAUUACACCUCAUUUGGAGACUGAGGAGAUGAACUGACCUGAUGCAAUGAAUGGUGCUGUGAAGUUCAUGGGUUUGCUGCUGUAUAUUGUACCUGUUUCUUUCUGUGCAGACCGGGUGGACAAUGAAUAAUCAUGGUCAAUCAUUUUCAUGAUUGACUGUGUACUCUUGUAUCACAUUUCUUAAAACCUACAGUGUAAAUCAAAAGGAUCAGGGAUUCUGUCUUGUGAAGCACUGACAGCUAAUGUCUUCCACCAGUGUCCUCUGGUUCGUUAGCUUGUUCUGUUUAUCAGAUCAUCGUGUAGAUACUUGAAUAGUGGAACAAAUGCCAUACACACCCAUUCUGUAACUCUAUUAAAAGUUAAAUAAUGGUGGUUGAGUUCUUGCCCUCUAAAUGUAUAUCCUACUCUAAUAUUGUCCAGCUUUGGGAUUAAUGUGUGUCAGAGGUUCACAGUUUUGUACUAUAUUAUGGUGAAUGGUAUAAAGGUUAAAUUGUAAUAUUUUACAUGGGAGGCAUUAGAUAUUCUUUAUAAACCAUUGUGAAGAAAUUCCAGGGAUGAAACUGUUUUGUUCCAGUAGAGCUAGACGUCUUUUCAUCCCAAGUAUCUCAGACACUUUAAACCUUGUACACUUCUCUUUGGUCUUGUGGCUAACUAUUAAGGUGAUAAGGGUAUCUGAGUCUUUUGUUGGAAUAAAGACUGUAAUUUGACUCAAGUGAA